AGCGCCGGCGCCGCUGCAAGAUGCUGGAUGGACACGUCCUGCUGGGAUGGCUCUCCUCCUGCGCUCUCCUAGGGCUGCUCGCCUGCGCCCCGCGGCCCUCCGCCGCCUACUUCGGGCUGACGGGGAACGAACCCCUGACCAUCCUCCCUCUGACCUCAGAAAUGGAGGAAGCCGCCGUCAAAGCCCACUACAAAGUCUGUGACCGCCUGAAGCUGGAGAAGAAGCAGCGUAGGAUGUGCCGGCGGGACCCCGGCGUGGCCGAGACCCUGAUGGAGGCCAUCAGCAUGAGCGCCCUGGAGUGCCAGUACCAGUUUCGCUUUGAGCGCUGGAACUGCACCCUCGAGGGUCGCUACCGGGCCAGCUUGCUAAAGAGAGGUUUUAAGGAGACAGCCUUCUUGUACGCCAUCUCCUCCGCGGGGCUGACGCACGCCAUGGCCAAGGCGUGCAGCGCGGGGCGGAUGGAGCGUUGCACCUGCGACGAGGCCCCCGACUUGGAGAACCGUGAAGCUUGGCAGUGGGGCGGCUGCGGCGACAACCUGAAAUACAGCAACAAGUUCGUCAAGGAGUUCCUGGGGAGGAAGCCCAACAAGGACCUGCGAGCCAGGGUGGACUUCCACAAUAACCUGGUGGGCAUGAAGGUCAUCAAAGCUGGAGUGGAGACAACCUGUAAAUGCCACGGCGUAUCUGGAUCCUGUACUGUCCGAACAUGCUGGAGGCAGCUCUCUCCAUUCCAUGAGAUAGGGAAGCAGCUGAAGCAGAAGUACGAGACAUCGCUCAAAGUGGGCAGCACCACCAACGAGGCCACAGGGGAAGGAGACAUCUCCCCACCCAAGAAGUCCAUCCCAGGUCACAGUGAUCAAAUCCCAAGGACUACGGAUCUUGUCUACAUUGACGAUUCCCCAAGCUUCUGUAUGAUGAGUAGAUACUCGCCUGGGACUUCGGGAAGGAAAUGUUACAAAGACAAGAACUGCGACAGCAUCUGCUGCGGGCGAGGGCACAAUACGCAGAGCCGGGUGGUCACCCGUCCGUGCCAAUGCCAGGUCCGUUGGUGCUGCUAUGUGGAAUGCAAGCAAUGCACCCAGAGAGAAGAGGUUUACACCUGCAAAGACUGACGCGGCUUCUGCUUGAUGGCAACCCUUGGUGACGGGCGGUGGCGGUCUAUGAGAACUGCAUAUGGAGACAAACAGGGUUUGAUUGACCUUCUGGGAUCUGAAAGCUAUGUUGAGACAUAAGCACUUUGUAGGGUACAGGUGACCCAGCUGUGUUGCUGUUAUGUUUUUGUUUUGUUUUGUUUUCCUGUAGACUGAAUUUUAAUGAGGUCCAACCAUGUGGAAAUAAGUGCCUGUCACACUGGGGUUAGACACCAGUUGACCUUCACCUUAGCUGUCUACGCAGUUUGACGGAUCAUUUAUCCUUGGAACAUCUCGAUCGUUUCACCAAUCCUCCAUGAACUCCUGGGCUAAUACGUUCUCUUUGGCAUAAAUAACCUAUCCUUAUUGCUGAAGCUUACCCAACUGCUUAG